AUGGUACUGGACGAUGAUCCGGACAUCGACGACGCAUGGCGGCACACGGCCAACAUGCUCCAGGCCCGCCAACAAAUCACUAACAACGCCAUCACCAAGCGGCGGGAACAACUCACCCGCUGGGGCACCUCCGAAAUGAAUGGGGCCAGCACGAGCCGGCGGUCGGCGCGCGUUCAAUUCCAUGACGAAGAUGUUUUCCUUUCCGCGUGCAUGUCUGGCGACGAGGAUGAGGUCGACGAGCUUCUCGGCAAGGGCGCCAAUAUCAACACGGCUACUAUUGACGGGUUGACCGCGUUGCAUCAGAGCGUCAUCGACAGCAAGCCGGAGAUGGUCCGCUUUUUAUGCGACAAGGGUGCCGAUGUGAAUGCUCAGGAUAAUGAAGGCUGGACCCCACUCCACGCAGCCGCCUGUUGCGGCAAAGUAGAAAUUGUCGAGUAUCUAUGCAAACGGGGAGCCGAUUUGACGAUUAUUAACAGCGACAAAGAGCUGGCGCUCGACCUCGCCGAGGAUGAGGCGUGUCGGGAAUUUCUAGACAAUGAGUAUCGAUUAAAGGGUGUUGAUCCGGGAAAAUGCCGUGAGCGCGAGCUGACGACAAUGAUGUCUGAUGUGGAGGGGUGGCUGAGAAGUGGCCACAUCGACGAGAAGCCCCAUCCGAGGACGGGCGCAACCGCGCUUCACGUUGCCGCGGCCAAGGGCUACACCCAAGUCAUUCAUCUGCUGCUUCAAGCCGGCGCCAACAUCCACGCCCUGGAUAAGGACGGUUGGACCCCACUUCACGCUGCUGCUCAUUGGGGCGAACGCGAGUCGUGUAAGGUCUUGAUCGAAAACGGCGCCUCGCUCACCGAGCCACCAUCAACCCCGCAAGCCCCUUCUGUACUUGCCGUAGCUGACAAGGAGCUCGUGGAAUACCUUGAAGAACUGGACAAGACGGUCAUCAAGAAGAAGCCGAGCGUCGCCCCGGCUCGGCCGCUCCGCGAGAAGAACAGCGAGGCAUCCCCGGUCGACACUACGCAACACACCCAUCCACGCCAUUUCCACUCCGCCGAUCAGAAGCACGCCCUGGUCAUCAAGGACGAGCGUGAAGAAAACGCGACGCUGCACUCGGAGCCCAAGCAACCCAGGCUUACUGGCAAAGAUGCUUCUGAUGAGGGAUCCGCGGAAUCGGAUAGAUCGACGGCAACGGUUUCUUCUGUCGAGGAAAAGCCGUUGCGAAAUGGUACCACGCCACCCGUUCGGUCGUUCCGGGAUUCUGGCUCCUCCGCCCGCGAGAUCAGCGCCGAGUUCAAAGCAACGGCCUCCGUAUUUUCUGAGGAGAAGGAACCUGCUGCCCCCUCGAUCUCGGCCACCGUCCCCCUUCGCCCCGCCGCCACCUCUUGGAUCAACCGAAACUUGCCGCUGUCGAGCUCACGUCCGCUGCCCGGCCAAACAGAAAUCAUGCGAAGCGCCUCGACGACGUCCGCGCUGCCGUGGGUGCGGUCUGGUGUGGGGAUCGGUGGUCCGGGCCCCGCGCCGAACUCGCUCAACACCUCCGCCUCUACCAGUGCCUUUUCAACGUUUUUGCAAAAGGAUCGUGUAUCCGCCUUCCGGCCGCUCACAAAAUUGCCGCAAGAUCAGGAAUCGGCAAAUAGCGCACCGAACCUGCUCCCCGCGCAAUCCUCGCCUCGGUUCCCCCCGGUUCGGAACCAUUCCCUGGCCGCCCCCGCGCUGAGACCCUGGCAAGCGCCCGCCCCCACUCAAGAAAGUGAAGCCGAACGCCGGAAAGAGGCGAGAAUGCAGCGUCAGUACAGGAGAUCCACCCAAGGUGUCACGAAAGAGCAGCUCGAGGAAGCCUCCAAAGUGGCCCAAGAAGAACAGGAGAAACGACGACGCGAAGAAGAGCUCGCCCAGACGACGUCGGCCACCCCGCCUACAUCGGCCGUGUCUGCCCGACGCCGUAGCGGUCAAUUCCCCGGCCAACAUACUGCCAACCGAGCGGUCCGACGCGGCACGGGCCCUGUCGUUUCUGAAGACGUACAUGCGGCGGUGUCGUUGAGAUGUGUAGCUCCGGCCCAAGCACAACCUGGCGGUGCCACCCAACUACCAACCGCCGCUUAUACACCGAUGUCUGGCGUGUCGUUCCAGUCUGGGGCGUCCUCUGGGUUCCCGUUGAUAAGGACGCAGCUGUCGCAGACCAACUCCAAGGAGAAGAGCCACUCCCAGCCGCCUGUCUCGUCGGUGCCCGAGGCGACGGUGAUGACCACGACGAGCACGCCGUCGGCGACCACCACGUCCGCGUCUGUAGGGUUCAAGGGGACGGCGAAUGGAACGAACCCGCCGGCCACGUUCACCACCUCCAACUAUCGGCAGCUGUACGAGCAGCAAAAGAUGGAGAACGACCGGUUGCGGAAGGAGCUCGAGGAGUACAGGAGAUCAGUGCUGAAUGGCGCCUCAAAUCGACGGCCCACGACGACGCCCACCUCGCAGGGCUCAACGGCUCGGUCCAGCUCGGGGCUGGACACCGACGAGCGGCGGAAUAUGGAAAAACGGAUAAACGACCUGGAGUACGAGCUGAAGAAUUUCGGCCAGCUUCGGGUGGAGAACCAGCGGCUCAAGGAGGAGAACGGGGCUCUGGUCCGCGUUAUCUCCAAGAUGACAAUU